CGGAAGACAUACAUACAGAGAACCCCCAGCCGAGACGCAACACAACAGUAGUCUUCUUCUUCACCUUCCUGUUUCUUGUUUCUUGUUCCCACAAGAUCUCGACUCCUAAUUCCUAUAAACUAACUAGUCUAGGAAAAUAAAGUCAACUUAGAGAGACCUUAAUCAAAUGCAUCGGCGCACAAAUCCCAAUUUCUUGUGAUCCAUGCCGAAGCACAAAUCAUGGGAUAUUCGCUUCCCCGAAUAUUGAGCGAGUCAGUUAGUUAGUUUAUGAGAUGAUGAGAUCAUAAUCCGAAAAAUCAUCACCCAUCUCCAAAAGGAAUCUCAUCUCAUCUCAUCUAUUUAAACAGCCUCAGUUCCAGUAGCCUGCGUCUCUAUCGCGUUGCAGACUCUUUCUUUCUUCUCAGCAUGUUGGGCGGUGGCCGGUGCCUGGGCCUGGCGGCGCUCCUCGCCGCGCUCUUCCUCGUCGCCGACGCCGGGGUGACGAGCCGGUACCGGCGGAAGCUGGAGGCGACGGCGGACAUGCCGCUGGACGCCGACGUCUUCCGCGUGCCGCCGGGCUACAAUGCGCCGCAGCAGGUGCACAUCACGCUCGGCGACCAGGACGGCACGGCGAUGAUCGUGUCGUGGGUGACCCCCAACGAGCUGGGCAACAGCACGGUCAUGUACGGCGUCGCGCCGGACAGGCUGGAGCUCCGGGCGGAGGGCGUCCACACGCGCUACGACUACUUCAACUACACCUCCGGCUUCAUCCACCACUGCUUCCUCAAGAACCUCAAGCACGGCGCCAGGUACUACUACGCCAUGGGGUUCGGCCACACGGUGAGGACCUUCUGGUUCACCACGCCGCCCAAGCCGGGGCCGGAUGUGCCCUACAAGUUCGGCCUCAUAGGCGACCUUGGGCAGACGUUCGACUCCAACAUCACCCUGUCCCACUACGAGCAGAACGGCGGCGACGCCGUGCUGUACGUUGGCGACCUCUCGUACGCCGACAACCACCCGCUGCACGACAACAACCGGUGGGACACGUGGGGCCGCUUCGCCGAGCGCAGCGCCGCCUACCAGCCGUGGAUCUGGACGGCCGGCAACCACGAGCUGGACUUCGCGCCGGAGCUGGGCGAGACGACGCCCUUCAAGCCCUUCACCCACCGCUACCCGACGCCGCACCGCGCCGCCGGCAGCACGGAGCCCUUCUGGUACUCGGUGCGCCUGGGCUCGGCGCACGUCGUCGUGCUCGCCUCCUACUCCGCCUACGGCAAGUACACGCCGCAGUGGGCGUGGCUGCAGGCGGAGCUCAAGCGCGUCGACCGCCAGGUGACGCCGUGGCUCGUCGUGCUCAUGCACUCGCCCUGGUACAACAGCAACGGCUACCACUACAUGGAGGGCGAGACGAUGCGGGUGCAGUUCGAGCGCUGGCUCGUCGACGCCCGGGCCGACCUCGUCCUCGCCGGCCACGUCCACGCCUACGAGCGCAGCCACCGCGUGUCCAACGUCGCCUACGACAUCGUCAACGGCAGGUCCACGCCGGUGCGGGACGCGGCGGCGCCCGUCUACGUGACCAUCGGCGACGGCGGCAACAUCGAGGGCCUCGCCGACAACUUCACGCAGCCGCAGCCGAGCUACUCGGCGUUCCGGGAGGCCAGCUUCGGCCACGCCACGCUCGACAUCAGGAACCGGACGCACGCCUACUACGCCUGGCACCGCAACCAGGACGGCGCCAAGGUCGUCGCCGACGGCGUCUGGCUCACCAACAGGUACUGGCUGCCCACGCAGGACGACGACACAAACUGAUGAUCCAUUUGCUAACACGAAAAUGGACACUAUUUUGUUUUCUCAUGAUUCUUGGAUUGUAAUGAAUGAAUGGUGAAUGACAAAGAUAUCAACAGCAUCUGGAGGAGUUCCUAUUUUAUUUGCCCAUCAAAAUAAAGCACGGGAGUGGGCCGUGUCAUAUAUAUAUUGGGCUGGGCUCAAACCAAGAAUGUAAGUAUGUAACACGGGCCGACUACACGGCCCGCGCCAUGAUUCUGUUCCACAAGUUCCUGCUCAGCUUCCCUCAAAUAAGAAAGAAAAAAAAAAGGAAAGAAAACGAGUUCCAGCUCA